AUGUACUGCAAGCAGAGAUCAUGGAACGUGUCGUGUGCCGAGGAAGACGACGAAUUUAGCUGUUCUUGUCAGCGGAUGGAGUCCUUUGGGAUUCCUUGUGUCCACAUGGUUGGGGUUCUGGUUUAUCUGAACAUGACAGCUAUCCCCAAAGGCCUAAUACUUGACCAGUGGACAAAGAAGGCUAAGCAGCCGCGUGCACCUUGCGACGGAACUCAUGUUGGGGAGAUCCCAGACGCGGCAUACAUGAGCAUGCACGCGGCGAUGCUGAAUGAUUGCAGGGAGCUGGUGAGCCUGUCUUGCCGGUUUUUCGAGGACUACGUUGACGUGAAAACAAGGUUGGCAAAGGAGCGUCAAUCCCUACGGGACAAACAUCGCCAAAGGUUGGGUGUUGCUGAGGAGGCCAGCAGGGUGUCUGUUCGGGACCCGAUGCGGGUAAGGUACAAAGGAUGCGGUCGAAGAGUUGUCACCUCCCAGAAAAAGUUUUGCCGUGUUCAGAGAUGUCGACUGUGUGGAAAGGGCGGACACAAUUCUCGCAAGUGUCAACAAUCAAGUACGGGGGAGAACAUCGACAGUUUUGAGGCUGGCUCGGCUUACGAAAGCAUGGAGGCAGGAGAGGGGGUGAGGAGUACUACGAAUUUGAGUGAGCUGGCUGAACCGUUCUUGUUGGUGGUUACGCAUUGA